UGAGAGAAGGAGGGAGUGCGUGCGUGUGUGAGGGAGAGAGAGGGAGGGUACAACCAGCUCACUCUGAUCAGUGUUUGGGUCUCCUCCUUACUGCGUGGAUCGCAGCUCUCGUCGCUCCCUUCCUGCAAGUGGAAACGUACAUGAAAAACAAAGCACAGAGGAUAGCGAGCGGAGGUGUUUGGGUUUGUUUGCUUCUUUUGGACGCGUGGUGUUAGCUGGACUCCCUUUAGUUCCCCCCGCGGACUGCUGUAGCCCGAGCAUGGAGAUGAACGGCCGCGUCCUGCCGCCGUCGAUACCGGAGGAUGGAGAAGCCCCGGACGAUGGUCCCCGCGGGGAGAGGAACGGUCACCACCACAGGCUCCAGGACGGCGACGGGGGGGAGGCCGAGGUCGCGGUGUCCAAGUCCCAGAGACGAAAGAGCGAUGUCAAAGUCUAUAAGGAGUUUUGUGAUUUUUACGCCCGCUUCAACAUGGCUAACGCUCUGGCCAAUGCCAUGUGCGAGCGCUGCAAAAGUGGUUUCGCCCCGGCAGAGAAGAUCGUGAACAGCAACGGGGAGCUCUACCACGAGCAGUGCUUCGUGUGCGCCCAGUGCUUCCAACAAUUCCCAGAGGGACUCUUCUAUGAGUUUGAAGGCAGGAAGUACUGCGAACAUGACUUCCAGAUGCUGUUUGCUCCGUGCUGCCACCAGUGUGGUGAGUUCAUCAUCGGCCGCGUGAUCAAGGCGAUGAACAACAGCUGGCAUCCAGACUGUUUCUGCUGUGACAUCUGCCAGGCUGUGCUCGCAGAUGUUGGAUUUGUUAAGAAUGCUGGAAGGCAUCUGUGUCGUCCGUGUCACAACAGAGAGAAAGCUCGAGGCCUCGGCAAGUACAUCUGUCAGAAGUGCCACGCCAUUAUUGAGGAGCAGCCUCUUCUGUUCAAGAACGACCCGUACCACCCUGAUCACUUCAACUGCAACAACUGCGGUAAAGAGCUGACGGCUGAUGCCAGGGAGCUGAAGGGGGAGCUCUACUGUCUGCCCUGCCACGACAAGAUGGGGGUCCCCAUCUGCGGAGCCUGUAGGAGACCCAUCGAAGGCCGCGUGGUUAAUGCCAUGGGAAAACAGUGGCAUGUGGAGCAUCACGUGUGCACUCUGUGUGAGCGCCCAUUUCAGGGCCACCCAUAUUUUGAGCGAGGCGGUCGAGCCUAUUGUGAGCGACACUUCGACAUGCUGUUUGGAGAUGUUUGCUACCACUGCAACCGUGUUAUUGAAGGAGAUGUGGUGUCCGCCCUCAACAAGGCUUGGUGUGUCAACUGUUUUGCCUGCUCCACCUGCAACACCAAGCUCACCCUCAAAGAAAAGUUUGUGGAAGUGGAUCUGAAGCCGGUAUGUAAGCACUGCUACGAGCGCCUGCCGGACGACAUGAAACGGCGGCUGGCCAAGUGCGAGCGCGACUCGAAAGAGAAGAAGAAGAAACUAAUGUGCCUGUGAUCCUCCUAUUCUCUUUUCUCCUCACUUCAACUGUUCUUCCUCUGGAACAAGUUUGUGGAGUUUGACAUGAAGCCAGUGUGUAAGAAGUGCUACGAGAAAUUCCCUCUGGAGCUGAAGAAGAGGCUGAAGAAGCUGUCUGAGACUGUCGCCCGGAAGUGAACAGGGAAAAGGGGGGAAAUAGAUGAGACGCCCCCCACGUGACCAUGCAAGUCACAUUUCCAGAGUUGACAAUCGUAUAACAAAGCGUUUGUGUGUUUUACAAGAUAUGUACGUUCAAUUUAGCUUGGUAUUUAAAAAGGAACAUACCACCUUUUGUCUUUUCAAUUACAGAGGAUCCUAUUCGUCAUGUUCAAACUGACGGAGGGACUAACAGACAGAUGUUCAGUAGGUUUGAAAUUAACCUCUUCGGUGCCUUUUGGGUCAAAUACUGUACUGAAUAUUUUUCACAUGCCUGCCUUAUUUCAAUUAAUGCAUUAGAUGUAAACACAGAUAUGGAUGGUCCAGUAUUUCAAAUCAGCUUUAAAAAAACACAAAUGUGAGAACCCAAAGAAAGUGGCGCAUUUUAUUAAAUGUUUCCACCAACAUGUAUUAUGUUAUGGAUUAUUAAUGUAUAUUUUAUUUUAUAUAAUGCUAAAAACGUUUCUGUCAUCUAUGGUGUUGAAUUUACCAUUUGAUAUUAUACUGUGUUCUCCUUAAUGCUACAGUUAUGAACUGAACCAUCACCUGGAGUAUGUUGGAUUGCCCAAAUGUGCUGUGCAAUUUAUGUGUGAAACAAUCUCAACAGCAACUGUUAUGUACAGCAGUUCAUUAGGUUCAGCUGAACAAUCUAAGAUAAUCCAAUACAAAAGCUACAAUAAUUUCCUAGUUCAUACUGUUCAUUUUUGGAUUUAACUACUCUUAUUUACAGUUACUAACACAUGAUAGCGACUGGCUAUUCAAAACGGCACCUCUGAUAAAUUCAACAAACUAAUCUUCACAGUGCCAGGAUUUAUUGCUGGGCAACUGGUAACGGUGUGUCUUGCAACAUAAUGGCUUGUGGCAUGUGCAGAGACUGGAUGUUGGAGAACAUGAGAACACGUGUCUGCUGUCUGUAAUCCAAAGAAAGCGAUCGUCUUAGGAGGGUGUACCGACGGCCUCAAGACUCAGAUCCUCUUAGGUUAACUGUUGCCAAUGGGAAAGACUAGUUUCACUUGAACAGUAUUUUAUCAUGGACCGCUUAUCUUUUACCUGGUAGUUUUAAAAAAAAACACAUUCCACUAUUUUAUAGAAGUUUCUUACUAUUUCACUACCCGACAACAUUAGUCCUGUAGAAGUACAACUAUAUUCUGAACUUCAGCUCCACUAAAAAAUCUUUGCUUGUCAAGAGACACUAUUUAUUCAUGUAAACACACCAAAGUGCAUGUUGUAGACUUGAAUUGAAGGCUAUUUUCAUUAUUCCUAAGGUAUUUCUGUAUGCUCUUCUGAAUAAACAUUGUGUGUCAAUUAUACAAAUGUA